AUGAGUUUAGUAAGAAAUUCUUGUCAGUUUGUGAGUGAGAAUUCCAAACAUGUGAAAAUCAACAAGGAGGAAUUACAAAAAUAAGUCAAUGAAUGGUAUAUUAAGAAUAAACACAAAUACAAAGAAUUUGAUGAAUAUGAAUGUCAUCUUGCAGGUGAUGAGGAAUAAGUGGUUGACUUUUUGUUUAUAUUGGAUUCCCUAAACUUUUGUUUUUGGCCACAAAAAGAUUAUGAAUACGAAAAUUUGUCAUCAGCCAUAAAGGAAUGUUUUUAGAAAUCUCCCCAACAAUUCAAAGCAGAAUCCAUAUUAUAAAUGACAUUUGAGGAAUUUCAAUAGUUGCUCUUCCCAAAUCACCCUGAUUUCCCAUUGAUCACAGAGAGAUAUAGAUUAUUGAAACAUGCCUCAGAAGUAUUGGUGACAUUUUUUGAAGGAGAAUUUGUGAAUGUAAUCAAAGCUGCUAAAAAUUCUGCUGCCAAAUUACUUAAUAUAUUGACAACCCAAUUUCUAGGAUUUUAGGAUCAUGCAAUAUAUAAGGGGAGAUAGACCUUUUUUUACAAGCGAUCACAAAUCUUAAUAGGAGACAUAUAUGCUGCACUAAAAGGGUAAGGACUAGGUAAAUUUGAUGACAUCGAAAUCUUAACGAUGUUCCCAGAUUAUAGAGUACCAUAAAUUUUAAAUUAAUUAAAUGUUUUGGAAUAUGAUGAAGAAUUGGCGAAUAAGAUUAAAAAUGAAGUCGAAAUUACUCAUGGAUCUGAAUAUGAGAUUGAAAUAAGGGCCAAUAGUGUAAUAGCAGUAGAAUACAUAAAGGAGGAGUUCUAGAAGUUAGGAUAGAAAUUAAAUAGUAUAGAAGUGGAUUGGAUGCUAUGGUAGAUGGGUGAAGAAUAACGAUUCGACAUAGUGCCACACCAUAGAACCUUGUCAAUAUAUUAUUGAUUUUUGUAUAGC